AUGACCCACCAUAAUCCAUGUUCCCGAGAUGACCCUGAUGCUCAUGUUGACGAAGGAGCCAAUGCAGCGCCGCCGGCUGACGAUGUCGCUGCCGGUGAAGGGGUAGCCAAAGAAGAUACAGAACCUGCGAAAGGUAAAGAAAAAGAAGAGAAUCAACUCGGGGCAAUGGUUGAAGAUGCGAAAGGCAAUGUGUUACCUCCUCCUCCCAAUAAGAUUGAGACAAAAAUCGAUUUUGAUCAGUCAGAAGAUUCACACUUUAUGAUAUUCUUCGUCAUCGCAGGGGUAGUGGUGUUCUGCCUCUACCUUAUACAUCACAACAAGAAGAAAAUAUUGGGCCUGAUGUUCGAAGGGCGAUCUGGACGCACACGGCGAAAUGUUCGCUAUAGAAGUUAUUACGGUUCGUUAACACCAGUUUCCAAGAAAAUGUGUACAUUAUUCUUCCGUGAACAUUAUGUGCCUUCAGAAGCGAAUCACUGUGAUGGUAAGUCUGAAGAUUGAAU